AUAGUCCGCAUAUUAAAAUCUGAAAAAGUCAGAUUUAAAAAUUAAUAAAUAUAUUUAGGGUGUAGAAAUCAGGAGUUUGUAAGCUGUCAAAGGUAUUUAAAUAUAAAUGUUGUAUAUUUUAAUUAAAACGCAUGUCAAUUUGUUUUGAAAUUUCUAAGAGUUGGAGUUCAGUGUGCUUAAUACAAAAUUCAGAAAUGUGGAUUUUAAACAAUAAACCCUAAAUAGAAUCAUCAAAUUGUAUUUCAAAUGUAAAAAUAUAGCUGUAAUGUAGAGUAGGACAAUGGAAAAGAUGAUCAGCAUGAUCGGGCUUUAGAUUUUGUUCCAACCAAGCAGAAGGAGAGUUGAUUAAAAGCCAAGUUCAACUGAUUAAACAAGUGGUAUCGGAUGUGGCUUCUGCUUGACUGGAACGAAAACCCGGAAUCGGUCAUUUAUAGACACCCUCUAGUUAAAGGAACUGAAGAUGAACUGGAAGAAGAUGAGAGCAUCUAAAGCUGUUGUCAAUGAUGAGCUGUGUGGAGUUGAAAUGAUAUCAGGUGUGGAGUUGGUACAUUUGGAGUUGGUACUACAGUGCAGUUACAGCAUUCGGCAGACAUCCUUAUCCAGAGACAUUUAUAUUUAUCUCAUGUAUACAACAGGGUAAAAGACCCAGCAUUUGCAGCUUGGUGGUCCUGAGUUUCUGACUCACAACCUUCCAACCAGUUGUCCAGUGCCUUAACCACUGAACUAGGUGGUUAAAGCACUGUAUCAAAUUGGACACCCUUGUCCACGCAAAUAGCUUGUUUUCUUGAGUGAUAUAAAGUACUACAUGUCCAGUGUAACUAUUUAGUAAUGCUCUAGUUCUUUAAUUUCAACUGAUUGGCAAGAACCUGCAUUAGUGCAUUUAAAAUGCAUGGAGUGGGUAACCGUUUUUCCCAACAAAGUCUUGGCUUUUCCCAGUGAAUGACGACAUUUCAUAUAUACCUUUGCACUGGCUAUAACGCGGAAUACGCGGAAUAACGCAGAGUACCUGUGCGUCAUGACGUAACCGGAAUGUCCUCACUUGCGCGCUUACACAUUCACUAUCAAUACGCACUAAGUAUCACUCUGAACGAGUUAGAGAACGAAUUAGAGCAAUGACGCAUUAUGGUUUUUAGAAGGACUUUUUGAAGAGUGCUGAAAAGUAGGAUCCAAUGAUAAAACAAACAAAAUGAUCAGGAACGCUGGUGCCUACAGUCAGUUUUUCUCCCAACUGAUGUAUGCAUAAAAUUCCUGCAGAUGGUGCUGAACCCUCCCAGAAUUUGUCCAUUUGCUUUUGUACGCCUUACACCAAUGACAUUGAAGUAGAUUUUAAAUACGUGGACGGCAUCAAAUAUAUUAGCAUCAUUCAGCAGCUGGGUUUUAACAGACGGCCCAGGGCCAAACCACUCACUGAACUACAAAGUGGGAUUGACCCUUUGCACUGGGCCUCCUCUGGGUUAUCUGUAAGCAACAAUGAAACUAGGAACUCCUGUAUCACCUCGUCUUCCUCCUCCUCGUCUUCUGUUAACAGAAGAAAACCUCCACUUCCUCCCUCCCAUUCCUCAUCUAAAUCCACUUCUGAAAGUUCUUCACAUAAAGAAGCCCUAAAUGUUUGCCAGAAUAGCUCAGAUGGGAAGACUCGCCGAUCCACUACUUCUAAACAAAAUUCUUUAGUGGAAAGGGCUUUGGUGGAAACACAAAAGUGUUUAGAGCAAGAGAAGAGUUCUUUGCAGACAGUGACUUCAGAGGCAUACCCAUGGUGUAGGCUAGCUAGUUUUGCUGGCUUAGCCUCAAGUAAUAUUCUGCCACCUCAAACCAGUUGCAAUGCUCUUAAUCACACACAGUCCCAGGAAAACCAUAAAGGGUCUAAACUAACAGAUCUUGAUCAGUCUUCCUCAGGAAGCAGAUCUUCAAGAACCAGCCCAAUGAGCUCUGGCAGGACCAAUCCAGUGACUACUGUUAGUCCACUGAAUCUUAAAUUGGUCAGGGACCAAAUGGUGGUUGCUCUAGAAAGGCUGAAAGAGAUGGAAGAACAAGUAAAGGUCAUACCUGUAUUGCAAGUUAAGAUCUCUGUCUUGAAGGAAGAAAGGAAACAGCUUAGAGCAUUGGUAAAAAACCUAGAGAGUAAAAAUUUAGAUUGUAAUCCAGAUCCAAAUUUGCAUGGCGUAGUCAGGAAAAGAGCAUAUAGCACAGGAAGUACUGUGUAUUAUUCCAAGCCAGAAAAUGAUGAUGAGGGCCAGAAGGAACCUGCUAAAAUGGUUGACAGUUGGGAAUGCAAUACAUUUAAACAACAACAGGCUGAAAUGCAUAUGACUAUCAGUGAUCAGGAGAAUAUGGUUGAGGAAUUUGUGCAUUCAGGAAGUUGUUGUAAGGAUGUUGCUACAGAAAACAAACUCAAUGUACGGACAGUAGGAGUUGGUGUUACUGAGUCCAUGUUGGGGGUGGUGUCAGACACUAUGUUGGAGUUUGAGAUUCAACCACAAACUAUUCAAGUUUUGAAGGACAAGGUGCAAACAUUGGAGUGUAAAGAGGCAAUGCUUAAAGCAGAAUUGUGCAUGCUAAAGAGUGAGAUUCCAGAAGCUGGGGCUACCAAGAAUUCUAGUUUACAACCAGAGGUGCAAAGCAUUGCAACUCAGACAGGAAUGCUGAUAAGGACAAUUGGCAUUGGAAAUCAUGUUGAACUUGUACAUGCUGCUGUUGGGGAAGGGGCUGUGCAAACUCUUAACACUGUAGGAGUGACCUGCCAGCCAGAGACAUGUGAUGUGGCCUCUGGCCUAGACACACCCAUUGAAAUGUGGGAGAUACAGAAGAAGGUGGAAAAGAGGGCUCAGUGUGUAGGAACAGAAUAUGUGCCAACUUGCAGUCAAGGUGUUGGGACGUUUGUUAGUGUUUGUGAUGUUGGUAUUAUGACAAUAGUGUCGAUGGAGAAUCUGAUGAAAAAGACGUCAUCUAGUAGAACAGUAGGCUGUGGUGAUUGCACUGUGGAUGUGAAUGUCAACAUGGUAAAGCCUUUGAUUUCCCAGGGUAAUGUCACUGAACCUGUCAGCGGUAUAGAUGUUGGUGUAAUACUGACUCCACAAACCAUGUCCCAAUACACCAACACUGAGGUCCAUACAGCUUCCUGCUGUACUAGUACUUCACCAGUUAAAUCAAGCACCAUCCGAAGAAAUAUGCUUACACAGGCGAGGCAUACAAACACUGCCCAAAUAACCACUCGAACCCUUGCAAUUGGUGAUGGUAAAGUUGUUGAUCAACAAGUGGGUCCAAAAAUGUGUUCCAUUGGAGUGGGAACUCCUGUAUACCUAAAGGGAAGAACAGUCACCCCUGGCACCCACAAAGUGAUGACUCGAGAUACUGGUGUUGGAUUGGCUAACAUUAAUGAGAAUUUCUUGGUUGGGCUCCGGACACGGAACAUGGCAUGUGGCCCAUCCCGCUUACCAGAUCCUAACAAGACCCGAAGUAUUGGAGUCGAGGUGGGUGAUGGGAGAAUACGGGAUAUGAAUGGGCAUAUGUGGAUGCCUGUACACCUUCUACAUCCACAGACAGAGCCUGGCCUAGAUCAUUACAUAGACCGUAUGCAGAGACUGCUAAAAGAGCAACAAAGUCUACUAACUAGCAGCCAUUUUAAACAGAAGGAUGAGGUUGCUCUUCAACCCCAGCCCUUCCUGGACACACAGCAUGGAGUACCUGGGCAUGACCCUUCUUCAAAAUCCAAUGAUAGCAUGCAGCUUAAAUCAAAGAAUUUAAUGGGACAUUUCAAUGAUGAUAAUGGCACCAGCACCAGCAGAUCCAUUAUUACAAGAAAGGACAUAUCUCUGAGAUGUGCAGAAAACAGGAAGUCCCUCAAGCCUCUUUCUGCAGGUUGUAGGUUUGAGUGUCUAUCAAUUACUGAAGAAUCCUUCUCUGAAAGGACUGAUUCUGAAGUGGAGAGGAGGAAAAGAAUAAAGCAGAUAGAGGAGGGCCACAAGACCAGUACAAAAUCUUCUAAAAUGGAGAGAAGACAAGGUUAUGAGAUGAGCGACCAGGUGAUUUCUGCAUGUCACAAAUUAAAAGCCCACCUAAAUGACACCAAAGUUUUAUCUAACCGAGAACUGCGUUCCUGUUUGAACAUAAUCCAGCAAGACUGGUUCUGUGAGUCCAGUCAGAAGAAAGCAUGUCCAGAGGCAGUUGAUGGUUUUCUGAGCAUGUGUCGUCAUGUAUCACCUGCUGUUCUUACUCAGGUGGCUAACAUGGCUGACCAGAAUGGCAACACAGCACUGCAUUACAGCGUGUCCCAUUCUAACUUCAGGGUGGUACAGAAACUGCUGGAUGCAGGCGUAUGUAAUGUAAAUCAGCAGAAUAAGGCUGGAUACACUCCCAUCAUGUUGGCUGCUUUGGCUGCUGUGGAAACCAAGGAGGACAUGAGCGUGGUAGAGGGACUCUUCAGGAAGGGAGACGUCAAUGCCAAAGCCAUUCAGGCUGGUCAGACUGCUCUCAUGCUGGCGGUCAGUCAUGGGCGCAUGGACAUGGUGAAAAUUCUUCUAGCUACGGGGUCAAAGGUCAAUAUUCAGGAUGAUGAGGGCUCUACUGCACUCAUGUGUGCCAGUGAGCAUGGUCAUGUUGAUAUUGUUCGUCUACUACUGGCUCAGCCAGGCUGUGAUGCCACUCUGAGAGACAAUGAUGACAGCACUGCAAUGUCCAUAGCCUUGGAUGCUGGCCACAAUGACAUUGCCAUGCUCAUGUAUGCACAUAUAAACUAUGGAAUGGGCCAGCCAUUGGCUAUUUCUUGAAGCUGGACACUUCAACAACUACAGGCCUUUUUCAUUGAUUUGUUUAAUUUAUUUCCAAUUACUGCAUGCCUGGUCCUUUUAAAUCUUCAUAGACAGCUACCUUAAAUCUGGUCUUGACACUUUCACGAGAUUUGUGUAAAAGCAAGGCCUAGAAGACAGUAUUUACCUAUAUCCUAAUGAUCCAAUAGUGGUGGCUAAGUAGUUAUCACAUUUGCCACUUUUGGGGUUGGGGUUUAACCCCAUGCUUCAGGGGUUUUCUGCAGGUGCCCUGAGUCCUCUGUAAUAGGCAAUAGGUUCCAAGUGAACCCGUUUAAGAUAAGCUCUGUAUAAAAUAAAUAUAUGGAUGGAUGAUCCAAAAAUAAUCAUCUCACUAUAAGCUCUGUUGAAAUAUUAGGCAUUAUAUUGUAUUUGCAAAUGAAAUUUCUGAAUUUUUAUCAAACAAAACUGGUUGCAUAAUUGUAUAACAUGCAUGAAGGACAGAUAUAAGGAAAUCAAACCUACAGUAAAUCUACAGUGAAUGAUUUACUGUAUCACUUAUUUAUUAUACUUAUUUUAAUUCAACAGAAAAAUAAUCCUGAGUACAGGACAAUAUUUUUCUCCUUUGCAUUGUUUCACUUGUACCAGCAUAUACACAUACUGUAUACAUUGAAUUAUUGCAGUAAUUUUUAUAUGUUAUAUUUAAAUGUUAUUACAUUUCCAGAUAUUAAAUCAGGCAGUGAACAACUGAAGCCUAGAGACACUCCAUGGAAUAACCAGAAAACACUGCAUGCUGUCUGUAAUUUACUUUAUCAUUAUUAAUAAAAUAACUUGAGGCUCUCUCAGGUAACAUCACACACAGGCUAUGCAAUAUGCAGUGUUAAAUGACAUUAAAAUGUCAUUUGAAUUGAAAACCUUACUAACGAUAUUUAACUAGAUGACUAAAUAUCAUAAUCAUGUCAUUUUAGCAUUAGAGCAAUAUGCAUGUGAACAUUUACUUAGAUUAUGAAUUUUCAGAUGCACUCAGCUAAUGGAUUUAUAUUUGUGUAUUAUAUUAUAGCAUGCGACAUGCAGAGAACGAUACAUAUAAUUUCAAAUUUCCAUAUAAUUCAAAUAGUCUCAAAAUUGUUUUUAUAGCAUGCUGUUAAUAAAGGUAAUUUAAAAUUGAAGCAUGAGUCAUGUAAUAUAUUAAUGCCCAGCAAAAUUCUAAAUUCUACCCUACUACUGUACAUAUUAUGGCAAAAUACUGCACAAAUGUAUUUAUUGUGGUAGUAUAUGUCAAUGAAACUACCUACAAUUUGUAUAUUAUAUUUUAGGCCACGUAACCUACAAAAUAAUAGGCAGAAAUAAUUUAUUGAAUAUUAUAUGGUUCUGUCUGUUAAUUAUUGAAGUGAUUAAAAUAAGGGGCAGUUUUUUUCUCCUGAACAACUUUUAUUCUUCUUGGAUUGUUUUCGGCAGUUACAAUGUUUUGGAAUGCUAGACCAUUUUUAUGAUGGAAAUUUUUAAGUUCUUUUGGGGAUAUAUUCUUAACAGUCUGCACUCCAGAAUUUCUCAUAAAAGAUCAAUGUUGCUGAAAUGUUGUUGAGAUUGUGGAGGCCUUGGAAUAUGCUUGGCUUAUCAAAUCACUUUCUAAUAAUCUUAGCAGUUUUUUUUUGUGUGGUCAGCUUCAAUUACCUUGGAAGUGUGAUCUCUAUUAAUGCCUUCCUUGAUGAAGAAAUCUCAGCUACAAUACAAAAUGCAAGUCCACCAAUGGCACAA